CAUCGGCGCCUAACUCCAGGAUGCGAUACCCUGCAAUCAAUGGCCCUCCGUUGUUGUAUCUGGAACAUUGACAAUAUGGAACCAGAGGCUCUACAAUGGCUCAGGUGGUCUUACGCUAGUCGCUUGCACGACUAUUUAAAGUUAACGUGGGUCGAAGGUCGCACAGAGGCCCAAAGUGCGAUGGCUAAUCUAAGUGUCCAGUGACACAAUGACCUUUCGGACUUGGAGUCUCUUUCGAAAAGCAUUUCCCAAAGAUGUUGAUCGCCACUCUACCUUCCAUGUGUAUGACAGGGAAUCCGAAGGUCUCUUACCCUCUGUCGUCGAUCGCUUGGUCAAGCUCGACGGCGACAUGCUGACGUUCCUCUGUAUCCGAACCAUUGACAUGACAAUUGAUCAACUCGUUUCUCUUAAUACUAUCAAUACGCUUGCGGUUCUUGCAAUAGAGAUUGGAAGCAACGAUCGACUUGGAAAGUAUCGCGAAACACUGACCGUUCAAAGGCUACGCGACUGGGGUCGAAGCGUCGGCGAAAGUGGUGCUUUCAAAAAGUUGCGAGUACUUCUUGUUGACGGUUGCAACUCAUUACCAACAAGACUUGUCUUAGCGUGCAUCUCCAGCUUUCCCAGCUUGAAUAUUGUUGGAAUCUCUGGCCAACCAGAUCCAUCUGAAGAGGAACCUUACUGGGGGAAUUGGCGCCAACAUCCUCAUCUGGACCGUUGGGACAAGACAAACUCAGACAGCGGGGAGAGAAGGUCUAGAACCACAAUGGCUUCUGACAUGCGAAGAUUGUAUGAUGCCUCGCUCGAGUUGUCGCAAGACGGAUCUCCUGGUGGUGGAACAUACCAAUCAUUAUCUAUGCACUACAUCCAACGUAGUAUGCCUGACACGGCUACAGAGAUUGCUUGGUUUGUCCGUGAGCUGAAAGAUGAACCUGCUCGGCCCGUGAAGCGUGUCCAACAAGACAAGUCUCGAUCCGAUACUAAGAAAAGGAAAUUACGUGAGGAUAAGAAAGUUAGCAUAGGUUCGCUACUGGGAAGCUUUACCUGAGCACUGCAUUGGCUGGGCAAACAUAGCAGAACCUAUUCAUACUCACUCA